UGACAGUACUGUGACUGAGAAGCUGCUUACUACAGCUUUACUGAGUGGCAAACAUGAUGGAUGAGUUCUACGAAACAAUGAGUUUUAACACUGAGUUCAACGAAACAGCAUAUACUCAAACUGAGCCUACUGACUAUGUUUGGCCAACUGACGAGUCAGGCAUGUGUGAGAAAACCUGGGUCAGGGAGUUUCGCGGCCAGUAUGAACCUCCUCUCUUCUGGAUCAUCUUCAUCCUCGGCGCUGUGGGUAACCUGCUGGUAGUUUGGAUCUACACCACUGUGCGCAACCGCCUGAAAACAAUGACUGACGUGUAUCUGCUAAAUCUGGCUGUGGCUGACCUCCUCUUCCUGUGCAUGCUGCCCUUCUGGGCCGUCGAUGCCAUUAAAGGCUGGGAUUUUGGCAUCGCUCUCUGCAAAAUAGUGUCUGCUGUCUAUAAGGUCAACUUCUUCAGCAGCAUGUUCCUUCUCACCUGCAUUAGUGUGGACCGCUACAUUGCUAUUGUUCAAGUUAUUAAAGCCCAAACUAAAGAAAAGAGGCUGUUCUACAGCAAACUUGCUUGCCUUGGUGUCUGGGUUGUUUCCGCUCUCCUCGCACUGCCCGAGUUUAUCUUUGCCCAGGUGAAGAUGUCUCCAGAAAAUCCCAUUUGUACUAUGGUCUAUUGGAACAAUGCACACAACCGUGCCAAGAUCCUUGUGCUGUCCCUGCAGAUUUGCAUGGGCUUCUGCCUUCCUCUGCUAGUUAUGUUCUUUUGUUAUUCUGUCAUCAUUCGCACACUUAUGCAGGCCAAGAGCUUUGAAAAGCACAAGGCCCUGCGUGUCAUCUUUGCUGUUGUUUUUGUUUUUGUCCUCUCUCAGCUGCCUUACAAUAGCCUGCUGAUCGUGGAAGCCACGCAGGCAAGUAAUACAACUUUAACAGAUUGUGACAUUUUAAUUCGUUUUGAUAUUGCAGGACAGGUGGCCAAAAGCUUGGCAUAUACCCAUGCCUGCCUCAACCCCUUCCUGUACGUCUUCAUUGGAGUUCGGUUCAGACAAGACCUCCAAAGGAUUGUGAGAAUGUGCAUUGGAGGUGUGGGCAAAGGAGGGUUCAGUAAAACACAGGCAGUUCCCAAACGCCCAUCUGUCAUGUCAGACACUGAUACUACCCCUGCCCUUUCCAUAUAGCUGACAGUUUUCCUAACCUGAACCUGAGACAUGAGUCUAACUCGUUAUCACAUUUUUCACUGUGUUCCCUAUGCAUUACUUGGCACUAGCAGAGCCACUGUGACAACCUCAAAAGCAAAAUUUAAAAAAAAAAAAUAUAUAUAGUGGAGUUAUCUUUCAUGACAAUGACUGACAUUCACAUAUUUAUGUGAAAUUACUGCAAAAACUGUACAUUACUGUAAAUAGUCUUUGUUGUUGUUUUUGUUUUUGUUUUUUUUUUUAAUCUUUUUUCCAUCAUGUAUUUGCUGUGUGCUGCUUUAAAUGACUACAGAACAGUUGUACAUUUUCUUUUGGGUAUUAAACAUCCAUUAAAAAAGACACAAAUCUAAUAGAUACUCCAGUUCAUGUCACUUAUAUUCCAUCCUUCACAGCACAAAAACAAACAGGAUGAAGCUUCAACGGUAGGUUCAAGUGCCCCUGUUUGUGCAGAGUAAGUGAUGAGAUCAGCAGUUUCUACCUGGGAAA